AUGACUAAAAGUAAAAUUGUUGCUCCUACACUUAUUUCUUGUGGUCUUAUUAUUCCUGAAUUACAUUUUGGACUUUUUUCACAUAAUUGGUGGUUGGAAAUAAUUACUGAAAAUGGGCAAGAAUCAUUUCCUAUAUGCGUAGGAAUGUCAAUAGUAACAGAACUAAAUGGACGAAAUUUCACUGUACAUGUUUUUAAAAAUAGUAAAGGUCAGCCAGGAUAUAUUUGUGAGUCAGUGAGUGAAUUUGGUUUAGAUAAUCUUUUAAUAUUAGAAAAACUUUUAGAUGAUGUAUUAUUUAGACCAUUUUCAGUAAUGGUAGAAAAGUAUAAAAUAUUUAUAUAUGGAUUAGGUGUAUCAGAUAGUGAAAGUUGGCAUGGAGCAGGCACUGGCUACAUGUCAUCAUUUAUCUCUGACUACAAAAGAAAAAGAUGCUUAUUUUUCCAAA